AUGACUGACUGCAAGAACAGACAGGUACGCGUACAUUUCUGUUGCCUUUCCCUCCACCGAUCCGCCCUCUGUUGGCAUCUGCACACCCGACUCUGUAUGCAUAUCCAGUGGCCAACUCUUUGCCCUCCACCCCGCGCCUCUCUUUUCCCUCACCCCCCCCCACCAACCCCAUUUCUUGCCAGCCUUAUGCCUAUACGUUACAUAAUCAAUAAACGCGAAAUCCCCUUCUGGAGGUGGGGGUCUGUUGCUCUUUUCUCUUUCUUUCAUUCUUUCUUUCUUUUUUUUUCUUUCUUUCAUUCUUUCACUGAAAACAUUUCUCAGCGUCACCUUCCUUCCUUCCUCUCUUCCUUCCUUCCGUCGUUCCUCCCUUCCUUCCUUACUAACUUCUUUCUUUCCUUUCUUUCUUUCUUUCUUUCUUUCUUUCUUUCACUGGGACCAUUUCUCAGCGUUGUCUUUCUUUAUUUUGUCACGUUUCUCAUUUUCUUCUUUCAUCAUUCUUUCCCUUGUCAUCCUUAUUUAUUUUUUAUCUGCUUGAUUUGCUUGCCAGCUUUUCUACACAAUUUCUUUCCUUUAUUAUUUUUCAUUUUUCAUUCCCCCUUUUAUUCUAAAUAUUCAUCCGUUUUUUUUUUUAUUAUUUCUUUUAUUGCAACCAUUUCUCAGCAUCGUCUUUCUUUCUUCCUUUCUUUUUUAAUCCUUCCCCCUUCCUUCCUUCCUUUUUUUCUUUCUUUCUUUUUUUUAUUUCUUUCAGUGGAACCAUUUCUCAGCGUCGUCUUUCUUUUUUUCAUUUUUUUUCAUCCUUCCCCCUUCCUUUCUUUCUUUCUUUCUUUUUUUUCUUUCUUUCAGUGGAACCAUUUCUCAGCGUCGUCUUUCUUUUUUUCUUUCUUUUUUCAACUUUCCCCCUUCCUUCCUUCCUUUCUUUCUUUCUUUCUUUUUUUUCUUUCUUUCAGUGGAACCAUUUCUCAGCGUCGUCUUUCUUUCUUACUUUUUUUUUCAUCCUUCCCCCUUCUUUACUUUCUUUCUUUCUUUCCUUCUUUCUUUCCUUCUUUACUUCCUGUCUUUCUUUCAGUGGAACCAUUUCUCAGCGUCGUCUUUCUUUUUUUUUCUUUCUUUUUUUCAUCCUUCCCUUUUUCUUCCUUCCUUUCUUUCUUUUUUCUUUCUUUCAGUGGAACAAUUUCUCAGCGUCGUUUUUCUUUCUUCCUUUCUUUUUUCAUCCUCCCCCACUUCCUUCCUUCCUUCCUUCCUUCCUUCCUUCCUUCCUUCCUUCCUUCCUUUCUUUCUGUCUUUCUUUCUUUCUUUCUUUCAGUGGAACCAUUUCUCAGCCUAGUCGUUCUUUUUUCUUUCUUUCUUUCAGUGGAACCAUUUCUCAGCCUAGUCUUUCUUCCUUUCUUUUUCAUCCUUCCCCACUUCCUUCCUUCCUUCCUUCCUUCUUUCCUUUCUUUCUUUCUUUCUUUCUUUCUCUCUUUCUUUCAGUGGAACCAUUUCUCAGCCUCGUCUUUCAGUCUUACAUUUGUUUUACUUUACUGA